AUGGGAGCAGUAUAAAUCUGUAUAAAAUAAAGAAACUCUGAUCAAUAGACUGAGUAUUACAUUCCUACAAUCUAAAAAAGAAAACAACUGAUUAAACAUUCACAUAAAUAAAAUACUUUGAUUCCUCCACUUUCAUAGUUGGGUGAGGAGUAUGAAUCAUUAGAACUAUUAGAAUUAUCAUUACAAGAAAAUAGCAUUAAUUUAAGCAUUAAUAAAACAGCUACUCUUAAUUGCGGUUGCACAAAUCCUUAAUCUAUUUAAUUCAAUCCGAACUUAAAUCUAUCUUUGAAUUCUAUUAUCCCAAAUCAAUAAACCAAUCAUAAUUUACCAUUUUUAGAUUUUUUUGAGUAGAAGGAGUAAGAGAUAAUGUAAAAGAAAUAGGCUUACAAAGAUUCUUAAUUUAAAAUAUUUGCACAUAAACAGGGUGAAAAAAAGGGAGGUCAUGCUCAAAGCAUAAAUAGCAAUUCAAUAGGCUAAAGAGCAAAAAAUAUUAAUAAUGAGGAUUCGCCAGUCUUAAUCCAAAGAGAUUCUGAAACAAACACAAAAAAAAGUAUUUUGAAAAACAAGAAGCAAAUACUCACUAAUUAACUACAAAGAGGAGUUAGUUUAAGAUAAUAAUAAUAAAUAAUCAAUAAUGACACUCAAUCUCAAAGAACUUCAAAGAGUUAAAAGCGAGUUAAAUUUGAUCCAAAAAUAUUUAGACCCAAAAAUUCUCAUUUCUUUUAAUGA